AACUGACAUAAAUCCCCUGUUACUUUAUUUAGAUCUGGACUUGUGGUGGCUUCAACGUCUUCCUAAGGUCUUUUCCCAAGCUCUCAGAGGAAGACAAUGCCAAUGAGAAUGGGAUGGGCGUGCCCGGGAGCGACUAUGACUGCAGCUGUGAGCGCGUGGUGAUCAACGUGAGCGGUCUCCGGUUCGAGACGCAGCUGAAAACCCUCAACCAGUUCCCCGAUACGUUGCUUGGCAAUCCUCAAAAGCGAAACCGCUAUUACGACCCACUUCGCAACGAGUAUUUCUUUGACAGGAAUCGACCCAGUUUUGACGCAAUCUUGUAUUUCUACCAGAGCGGCGGCCGGUUACGGAGGCCCGUGAACGUUCCCUUGGAUGUGUUCUCAGAGGAGAUCAAGUUUUAUGAGCUGGGAGAGAAUGCCUUUGAGAGGUACAGAGAAGAUGAGGGCUUCAUCAAAGAGGAAGAGAAGCCUUUGCCACAGAAUGAGUUUCAGAGGAGAGUGUGGCUGUUGUUUGAGUACCCUGAGAGCUCAGCGGCUGCCAGGCUCUGCGCCAUCUUCUCUGUAGUCAUUAUCCUUUUGUCCAUUGUUAUAUUCUGUUUGGAGACUUUACCACAAUUCAAGCAUUACAGGGUGGUCAACUCGACGGCCAAUGAUUCGAAAGAGUCCAUUGAGGAGGAUGAUAUUCCAAAGUUCAAUGAGCCCUUCUUCAUCAUUGAGACCUGUUGCAUCAUCUGGUUCACAUUUGAGCUUUUGGUGAGGUUUGCUUCGUGCCCAGAGAAGCUCGGCUUCUUCAAGAACAUCAUGAACUGCAUUGACAUUGUCGCUAUCAUUCCAUACUUCAUCACUCUGGGCACGGUGGUGGCCGACCAGAGCAAGAGCAAUAAUCAAGCCAUGUCUCUGGCCAUCCUCAGGGUCAUCCGAUUGGUCAGGGUCUUCAGGAUAUUCAAACUUUCCAGACACUCGAAAGGCCUUCAGAUCCUAGGCCAGACCCUCAAAGCCAGUAUGCGAGAACUGGGCCUGCUCAUAUUCUUCCUCUUCAUAGGUGUUAUUUUGUUUUCCAGUGCUGUCUACUUUGCCGAGGCUGACGCCGACCAGACCCACUUUAAAAGUAUUCCCGAUGCAUUCUGGUGGGCCGUGGUCACCAUGACGACGGUGGGCUACGGAGACAUGCGGCCGAUCGGGGUGUGGGGCAAGCUGGUUGGCUCUCUGUGCGCCAUCGCUGGCGUGCUCACGAUCGCGCUUCCUGUCCCUGUCAUUGUGUCUAAUUUCAACUAUUUCUACCAUCGAGAAGGGGAGAGCACUGACAAGGGACAGUACAAGCACGUGCAGUCCUGCCCCAACUACCCCGAGAAAAAAGAUUCUUUGGAUUCUGAGUGCGGCUCGGAUAUCAUGGAGAUGGAGGAGGGCAACCACAGCACUCCGCUGACGGAGAAGGUGAAAGAGAACCAUGCAAUCAAGGCCAAUAACCCCGGCAGUGACUACGGGCUGGAGACUGACGUAUGACACAGUGCCUCGCUACAACUUCCAGCAUUGAACGCUCCUUUUGCUAUAGGGAGACCAUUGCGGCAUGACAUGAACUUGCGCUCAUCCGCGCAGACUUUCUGUCGUUCCUCGCAAGAUUCGAGUGAAGAGGAUCUCAGAAUUUUUUCCCAGGUACUUGUUCUGAAAGAAAGGAUGUGCUAAUUGUGAUAGUCACAUGACAUACAUAGGACAAGGGCUGUGCGGUGGUGCGUUAAAGUGGCGGUGGGCAGACGCACAUGGAGAGUUGUCUGCCCCUGUGUCAUGCCUCGGAAUACUCAUCAUUAUGAGAGCUUGUCUCCAUGGUUACCCUGUAAGCAUUCAGAUUUGCAAUUUUUUUCACCCCCCAUACUAGACUUCACCUUCGUAUUGUAUAAAAACAAACAAAAAUCAAACAGUGUGGAUGUUUUUAGCAACUCGAAUUUUCAGGAUUUUUUUGACACUUCACAGUCUGCCAAGUAAAAUUUUCUCACAAUCUUAUGACAAGUUAUGAUGAUUACAUUGCAAAGUGAUGAGAUGAGAGAUGGUUUAGUCUGGCACAUCGAAACUCCGUUAUUCUCAAGGACAAAUAUUUUGUGUUCACCAAGUCUUCUUUGCGGAGGUGGACAGAUGCAGUGAAGACUCUUUAACUGUGACGGUGGUUACACUCAGUUACACUCUUUGUUAUUUAUCGUAUUAGGAUUCUUAGCAUGAAAGGACCUAAUGAGAUAAUAACCUCCACCUCGCCCCACCCCAACGCCCCCACCCCCAACCCCCUGAUCCCCCCCACCCCGGGUGCUCUGCAAAUUGAAACAAUUCUGUAUUGACCUCCUUACCUCGAUCGAUCGCCUGGUUUGUUUAUUUCACAUAUUUGUAUAAAGUGUUCAUUGAUGUUGAUAUAUAAUGCUAUGAUGUUAUUUCUGCGAGAAUCAUGGGAGAAAGAAAAUGUCUGACUGAGCUGACUCUCGAGUGAUGAGUGGGAGAUUUUUUUCCUCUUUCCUUCUGUUUGUGAAGGCGUAGCUGUUGUUGCUGUUGAUGAUGAUGAUGGUGGAGAUUGUCGUGUUUCGAGUGCUUGCCAUUUAUGUACACAUUUUUUAAAAACUUUCUAUAAAUUUCCACCCCUUGAGUGAGGUGUUCUCUUCUCCCUGUGAAGAUUUAUUAUUAUGAUGAUUUUUUUAGAAUUCCAACAUGUGUGAUAGAUACUUUUUCCAAUUGUUUUUUCCCCCCGAAAUCUAAACUGACAAUGCUUGCAUGCAUGCGCCCUCUCAAGCCAAAGAGGUGGUUCAAUGUAUCUCUUGUGAUGGAAGACAGAUGUUCAAAUGUUUAUGAAAUGCUAAGUAGUAGCCACCAAAUGACAAAGCUCAUGUCCGUAGUUUCCCUCGUCAUUUUGGUCGUAUAUAUGUUUGUACAUUUGACGCGUGUUUGUGUGUGUGUGUGUGUGAGUUCCAAGCUGUAGUGUGAAAGUGUAGCUCUAUCUAUGCUCUUGUUGAGAAAUGCUUGGAAUUAUUGCAGAUUUACUUGUGACGACUCAAUCUAUGCACAAACAGUUCAGCCAUCGGGAGAUGUUUGGCCGCUGGAUUUAAUCAAUGUUUCUGUGAUCACAUUUAUUGGAAAGAAUAUUCUCACUCUGUUAUAAUAAUUAUUGUCAGUUCAAUUGUAAGUGAUACUUAAGUCAUUCUCACCUUAACAUGCUGGGCGGAGGUCAGGGGAGAGAACUCUCUUGCUUGGUUUGGAUGAUGGUCCCGCGGCAGUGAAUGGUACGUCUGCGGUGAAAAGUAGAUCUUGAUCUCUCUCGUUGUUCUCCCUCCCCACCCGAGUUUGUGAAAGUCAGCAGCAGAUGGUGGGAAAAGAAAAAUGGUUUGGGGGGGAUUAUAUUUGUUUGUUGGAAA